CUACCUCAAAUGACUUGACCUAUGUUCUUAAUUGGCUUGAAGCUUUACAAAUUCGAUUGCCAAGUAAAGCUCAAAUUAAUAAUGAUUUACUUGUAACUCUUUCGGUCAGUCAAGAAGACUGGGAAAUUGGUGUAAGAUGCAACAAGGCGUAUCAGAUAAACAGCAAAUUGCCAAGAGAAGCCUUUGAUAGAUACGAAUGUAAUAACUCGAUGAGUAAGGAGCCAAUUAAGUGCUCGAUUUUAUUGAACCAUUUCUAUCAUGCACUUAAACUGCACGAAAAUGUGGAUGUUGAAAGCUGCAUUAUAUCAUAUGAUAAUACUAAAGAAGAAAUUAAUAUCAGAUCAAACGCUCAGUCUGGCGAUGGUUCAACUGAAAAUAUCGAGUCAAUCGUCAAAUUGCUAGUAAAUUAUGAAAAUGUAGAGUGUGAACCGAUACAAAUGGAUGAAUCGAAUGGAUGUCAGGAUUGGUGUUGUAUCAGAAUGAUAUCCAGUCAAUUGGUUGUUCCACUCCGCACGUUAGUCGGCAAGAAGUCUGAUAUGAUAAAGUUUAGCUUCUCGACGACAUCUCCAAGAUUCUGUCUUAGGAGCUUUAUUAAAGGAUUACCAGACGAAACAGAGGCAAUUCUUUUCAUCGCUCUUUAUUGGAUUAUGGAUCAAAGAGACACAACUUGUGGAUGUCCGGUUAGUAAAGAUGUCAAAUAUCACAAAAAAGUCUUGAGCCCAAGCUUCUCAGCAUUAAAAGCAUCAACAACUACUAUAAUACUGGUGGAUGCAAAGAACACAUUGAAACUCCAAAUGUUCAUUCCUAUCGUUCUCAAUGACACAACUUCUAAAGAUGUCGUUGCAGAAUUCUUGUGUUUACCUAAUAUUGAGCCUGACGAUGAAGAUAAUGAAUGA